AUGAAAAAUCAUUUUGACAGUUUAGAAAAAGUAAAUAACUUACUCCCCCCCCCCCCUCCGUGAGCGAACAAAACCAUUAGAAAAAUCGCCAUUUUUUGACCAAAAACCCACCCUCCGUGAGUGAACAAAAAUUUUUUUAAUAGAAAAAAUUUUAAUGGGAAAAAAAUUUUGAUAUAUAAGUGAUAAUUAGUAUAAUGAAAUCUAGAGCUAAUUCUGUUUAAUUUUAAACAAAUUGCGUUUUAAAACAUAAAUUUUGCAAAUUAAAUUAAUAUUUGCUUCCCAAUUUUUGCAAAUUAGGAUUUUUUUAAAUUUCGAAAAAAAUAUUUUUUCUAAAAUUUAUAUAUAAAUUGUUUUUUAAAAAAAAAAUUAACCCCCCUCCGUGAGCGAACAAAAUUUUUUUGUUCGCUCACGGAGGGGGGGGGGGGGAGUUACGAGAAAUCCAAGCACUAACUCCCCCCCUCCGUGAGAGAACAAAAUAAUCUUGUUCGCUCACUGAGGGGGGUUAAUUUUUUUUUAAGAUUUAAAUAUAAAAUUUUAAAGAUAAAGUUUUUUUUUCGGAAUUUAAAAAAAUCCAACUUCUCGAAAAUUGAAGGUAAAUAUUAAUUUAAUUUGUAAAAUUUAUGUUUAAAAACGAAAUUUGCUUAAAAUUAAGCAGAAUUAGCUCGAGAUUUUAUGAUACUAGUUAUCACUUAUAUAUCAAAUUUUUUUCCUAUAAAAAAUGUUUCUAUUAAAAAAAAUUUUUGUUCCCUCACAGAGGGUAGUUUUUGGGCAAAAAAUAGCGAUUUUUCUAAUGGUUUUGUUCGCUCACGGAGGGGGGAAUAAGGAGAUUAUCUCCUCAUCCUCACAUUGUAAGGCUACUUGAAAUUCUUUAGUAUUUGCUAUUUAGUGAUGAGCCAACUGGAAGGCUAGCACUUGUGUUUGAGCUUUUGGAUCAGAAUCUUUACGAAUGGACAAAGGAUCGAAGACAAUUCCUUCCUGAGGCUAAAGUAAAAAAUUUUAUGUGGCAACUAUUAAAAGCAAUUGAUCAUAUGCACAGGAACGGGAUUUUUCAUAGAGAUAUCAAGCCAGAAAACGUUUUAUUAGCAGAUGAUGCUUUAAAAUUAGCAGAUUUCGGAUCGUGUAGAGGGAUUUAUAGUAAACAGCCAUAUACAGAGUAUAUUAGCACAAGAUGAUAUAGGCCUCCAGAGUGCUUAUUGACUGAUGGGUACUAUAACUAUAAAAUGGACAUCUGAGGGGUAGGUUGCGUAUUUUUUGAAGUAAUUGCGUUAUUUCCAUUGUUUCCAGGUGAAAAUGAGCUAGAUCAAAUAGCUAAAAUACAUAAUGUUUUAGGAACCCCACCUAAAACAAUUUUAGAUGAAUUUAGAACAAAAACCCAGACUAUUGAAUUGAAUUUUUCAGCGAAAGAUGGAACUGGGAUUGAUCGUCUUAUUCCUCAUGCAUCACCAAUGGCAAAAAGUUUAAUAAAUAAAAUGCUCACAUAUAAAUGUGAUGAUCGAUUGUCUGCAAGGCAAUGUAUGAAGCAUCCAUAUUUCAAAGAACUUAGGGAACAAGAAAUGCCUUUACGAAUUGCUCCAUCACCUCUUAGUAUUGAUGUACCUGAUGGUGAUAGUGGAGCAGGAGAUGACAGUAAAAGAUCUGAGGUCGCCCUGCCACCCAUAAAAGUACCUGUUAUGACAUUACCAAAAAUAAAGAAAAAAAAUGAGCUGAAAAUAAAGAAUAAUCCUUCAGUAAAGAGUAUCACUUUUGACCAGAAAUCGCCGUAUACUAAUAAAAAGAUAAAUUUAGAGCCAAGAAAGCCUUAUGCAAAUCCUUAUAAAAAAGGUUUUUUCAAAACGAAUUAUUAA